UCACGGGCCCAGCCGCUCCGCGGCAUGUGGGAUCUUCCCGGACCGGGGCACGAACCCGCGUCCCCUGCAUCGGCAGGCACACUCUCAACCGCUGCGCCACCAGGGAAGCCCCAUAUGAUGACUUUUGAUAGUGAAGUUGAGCUGAUGAAAGUUGCCAGGGCACAUCCAAAGGCCAAGUUGGUUUUGCGGAUUGCCACGGAUGACUCCAAAGCAGCCUAUAGCCUCGGCGUCAAAUUUGGUGCCACACUCAAAACCAGCAGGCUUCUUUUGGAACCGGCGAAAGAGCUAGCUAUUGAUGUCAUUGGUGUCAGCUUCCACGUGGGAAGUGGUUCUACUGAUCCAGGGACCUUCAUGCAGGCCAUCUCUGAUGCCCACCGUGUCUUUGACAUGGGAGCUGAGGUUGGUUUCAACACGUAUCUGCUUGAUAUUGGUGGUGGCUUUCCUGGAUCUGAGGAUGUAAAGCUUAAAUUUGAAGAGAUCACCAGUGUAAUCAACCCAGCGUUGGACAAGUAUUUUCCAUCAGACUCUGGAGUGAGAAUCAUAGCUGAGCCAGGAAGAUACUAUGUUGCAUCAGCUUUCACGCUAGCAAUUAGUAUCAUUGCCCAAAAACUCGUAUUAAAGGAACAGACAGGCUCUGAUGAUGAAGAUGAGCUGCGUGAACAGACAUUUAUGUAUUAUGUGAAUGAUGGAGUAUAUGGAUCAUUCAACUGCAUCCUCUUUGAUCAUGCACACAUGAGGCCUCUUCUGCAGAAGAGACCCAAACCAGAUGAGAAGUAUUAUUCAUGUAGCAUCCGGGGACCGACCUGUGAUGGACUGGAUCGCACUGUUGAGCGCUGUAACUUGCCCAAGAUGCAUGUGGGUGAUUGGAUGCUCUUUGAAAACGUGGGUGCUUACACUGUCGCUGCUGCUUCUACUUUCAGUGGAUUCCAGAGACUGACCAUCUACUAUGUGACGGCAGGGCCAACAUGGCAACUGAUGCAGCAAAUCCAGAACCACGACUUCCCGCUCGGAGUAGAGGAGCAGGAUGUUGGCAAUCUGCCUGUGUCCUGUGCUUGGGAGAGUGGAAUGAAACAGCACCCAGAAGCCUGUGCUUCAGCUCAUAUUAAUGUGUAG